CAGUUUGCAAGCGAUAUAUUGUAUUAAAAUGAACGAUACAAUAUACCAUAUUUUUAAUCGAAAAACAAUCCGAAAUAGCUGCUAUACUUGCCCAAAAAGCACAAAAACAUAUGCAUAUCUAUCACGACUAUAACCCUACUGUUCUGUUUGAAAUCCUGAGCAGUUUGGAAGCAAAUAAAUUGUCGCGAUUUUUGAUCGGCUUGCUGCGCAAAAUUUCAACACACCGUUUAUAAUCGAUAUAAUUUAUCGUCAAAAAUAUCAUCAUUACCUAAUAGAUUUCGAUUAUAUUUGAUGAAGCAUACCUUUGUUAAUGUAUUUGUGGUAAUAUAUAGUCAGGAACUCGGCAAUCCGCUGGAAAAUAUUGAACAGAUUUUGUUAAACACUCGACAAAGCGAUCACGGAUUUCGGCCAUUGAUGAUGUAAAUCACAGAUCUAAAUGAUAAACGAUCAUGUGACAUGUAUUGAUUGAUUGCAUCAUUAAUGCUAUAGACCGCUGCAACGUUGUUUUGGUUCACCACGUGUUGUGAUUUUGUUACAUUCGAUUGAUAAUUUGGUAGUGAUGGCUGAUCACGAAAGGUUUUUACAGCUUUUGGCAAAAGAAAUCAAUCGAGGUACUUCUUGAUUAUUUGAUGAUUAUUACGCUUCAUUGGAAUGUUAUCAAUAAUAUAAUUCAAUAGGUUUUAGUUAACAUAUAGUGCUAUACGAUAUAUUUUAUCACAUGAACUUCGAAUGUAUGUUGACACUUUGGAAGCAAAUAUAAAUGCAAAAUGUUAUGUAUUUGCCACCAAACAAUACAUAUAACCCUCACACAGACAAGCAAGUUUUCUCUGAUGAGUUUACUUGCUUGUGUGUAUGACAAACAAGUUUUUUUCCAUCAAUUUUCCUUUACAAGUUUCAUCAUUCAAAGAUAUGCUACCAAGUCUACCAACAGAAUUAAAAACAACGGAAACUGUCUAGGAUAUUAAACACACUUGAAAGAUUUACUGGCAAUGGCUACUCAGUACUCAAGGAUUAAUUUUGCACAGUGAUGUACUUGAGUUUUCAAAACCCUUGCACACUCCCCUCCCCCCUCUGCUGUUUGGAGGGGGAGGGGGAAUUUGUUUCUGAUAAUAGUAAGUGCAUUAGGACAUCCAAAAAGGGUAGGGGAGGACUUUAAUAACUUUCAGUUUCUUCCAUGGGGGAGGUAUGGAUGUUUUAAAAUGUUUUUUAAUAUACAGUGACAUGCACAUGUUUUUGAAACCCAAUGACUCUUGGAUUUUGGAUAAUGUAUUACUAUCCAUGUUUUCAGGGUCAGUCAAGUUCAGUUUUGACAAACUGAAAACAUAUUUGCUUGAAGCAGUGACUGUUUUACCAGAUGGAAGUUUGAAAGGUGUUCUUCAAAAACAAAGCGAGGAAAAUGCUGACCAUCUUUGGAAGUAAAGUUUGUUGAAUUCAUUAACUAAUUAACAAAGUAACUUAUUAACAAAAUAACUAAUUUACAAAGUAACUAAUUGACAAAGUAACUAAAUAUAUUUAACAGUAACUAAUCGACAAAAUAACUAAUUAACAUCCCCCUUUUGGGGAUGAUCAAUUAUAUUAUCAAUCAAUCAAAACUAAUUAAUUUAACAAAGUGACUUACUAAUUGUCUAAUUAACAAAGACUGAAAGUGACUAGCUAAUUACCAAACUGACCAAUUAAUGAACUACUAGUGGAGUAAUAACUAACUAGCCAAUUAAUUAAUUAAUUAAUUAAUUAAUUAAUUAACAUAUUAAUUGAUUGCCAGUAUCAAUUUAAUCAAGUUUUCUUCAAUCUUAGUCUAAUCAAGCCUGUCAAGAAAUGUUCAGUUGAAAUUGAGUUCAAUUUUUUCAACAAAGAUGGUUCAGAGGCAACACUGAAUAAAAUUUCACAACAUCCCUCAUAUAAAGAACAAACACAAUACUGUAAGUUUAAAUUUCAUAAGUAGCUAGCAACUGCCAUUUUAUGCUUUUUCCAUCACAAUUAGCUUUGAUUUUUCACUUGUUCAAAUUUAGUGUCACAAGCAGCAUUGAGUUACCCUUGUAACAAAAUAUAUGAAUUACUUUUGACGGCACAGGUAUGAUUUUAAUUUUUACAGAAUACAUACUUUUCAACAUUUAUAUAUUAGUUUCUGUAAUGAUAUGAAAAGUAUUCUAAACUAAAUAAUUUAUGAAUGCAUGAAUUUAGAAAAAUGAUUGUCCUGAUCAACAUCAACAUGAAGUUUUAAGUAAAGUCACAGAACUCUAUGGUCGACUCACAGUGGGUUGCCAGAAUUCCGAGGUAAGAUCAUGAGAGCAUAUCGAGUUAAAGUUAUUUUCUUUCACAUCUGAGGACAUGCCUCUUGACAAGUAAUUUGUCUAAAAGUAAAAUACUAAAUUAAGAUUAAAAACACUGUUUCUUUCCCAUACAGGUGUUAAAUGGACUUAUGCGAGUCUUCUUGAGGUAAUGUGAAAAGGUUUUUCAGUACCAACAAAUUAAGAACUUGCCAUUGUUAUUGUUUGAUAUAUUUUUAGCGAGAUUGACAAGAUUAAUGACAAAUUCAAGACAUCUAACGAGGAAAACGAAAGGUGAAUAUUUAAACAUGAUUGGUGCAGUGUUCCAUCCAUAGAGGAAGUUUAAGAAUUUCAUCUGACACUAGGAACCUGCCCCCAUAAAUUUCUUUAUUUCAAUCAUUCUUCAGUUGGUUGAAUUUCAAAGACAUAAUUCACCGUUUCUUGAUACAUUGUCACAUCAAACGAAAAAUACAAGGGAAGGGAACUUGUAAGGUAAUGUUUAAUACAUUUGCAGUCAAAUGUUCUUUCUUUGUAACCUUUGUGCACUAAGCUGAUGCCUUGAGAGAAAUAACAUAAUUAUUAAUUUGUUUUAGGAUGAGAUCAAGUCAAAGGAGUGGGCAGAAUACAGAGAUAUUUUGGCAGCUAUUAUAGCAAUAUAUAUUGAUGUGAUCAUUGUCAUUGGUGAAAUGUUAGUUUAUGUUUUGAAUUGCAAAGGAUACAGGAAGGAUAGGGAGGAAUGGGGGAAGGCAGAGGCCAGAGAGAGUGAGGGAAAUAAAUCAAUCUAGGAAGGACAAGCAAGAAGGCAAGGAAGGAAUAAACAAGGAUUGACAAACAAGGAGGAUCAAGAAAGCAAGCAAGGAAGGAGAAAGGGCAAGAAAGCAACCCAUUGAACUAUAAAUAAACUGGAAGGCUAACUCAAGGGGGGGGGGAUUGAAGCCAGUGCAUUUUAGUUUUUCUGAGUUAUGAGCAGAAAUACUCAACACUGAACGUUCGGCUAUAUAUCAAAUUGAAGCUAUUGAAAAACGCUAUUUGGUGUAGAAAUUUCAAGACUUUACCUAAAAGGGAAAUAUUGAAAAACUACAAACAUAAUUACCGAUAAUUUGCCGUUUUGCAGUUGUUUUUGUAUUUUUUAAAUAUUUUUCUUUUGGCUGAAGUCUUGAAAUUUCCACACCGAAUAGCAAUUUUCAAUAGCUUCAAUUUGAUAUAUAGCCCGACGUUUGGGGUCAAGUAUUUCUGCUCAUAACUCAGAAAAACUAUUUUGGCUUCAUCAAAUCAUAGGCCUUCAUCAUAGCAGUUAGCCUUCCAGUUUAUUUAUAGUUCAAUGAAGCAACCUAGUAGGAAGGACAUGUAAAGCCGGAAGGGCAAGCAAGGAAGGGCAAGGAAGGAAGGAAUAGAGGAACAAAUAAUGAAAUAGCUUUGAAUAGAAUAGGGAGAAAAUAGUAUAGCUAAAUUUAACGAAGUUCUGUCCUAUCUUGUCUUGUUAUAGAAACGCAGAUGUGAACAAUCAUAUUUCUAACAUAGUGUAUUUAUUGUUGGGUGACUCUCCAAGUCAUAUUUUGGACACUGUAAACCAAAUUUUUACACUAGAUAGUAACACUAUCAACAUCGUUUUUCCAUUUCUGAGGUAAGCAAUUGAAUGUCAUCUGUGUAUUAUAUGACGAAUGAAAAACGAUCAACUUAAGCUAACUUAGUAUGCUAUUACUUUCAUUUUAGAAAAGUAUUUGAAACAACAAGAACAUGUACUACAGAAUGUGCAAAUUAUAUCAAGUAAGAAACUUUAUCUCUUUAAAAUAGGGCCAUUUAUACGAGCGAAAAUAAGUCGCGGCCUAAAUAAGCCGCGGUUUAAACAACAGCCGGUCAAAAUGAACGAACUUUUUCUAAAUUGAAUGCAGGCCGCGGCUUAUUUUCGGUUAUUUUCGCUUGUGUUUUAAAUAGUACAAAAUUGGCAUCAUUCUACAAAAUCGUUCUACAGUGAGUAAUAUCGAGUGUAACUAGAUGCCCCAGAAUCCUGACAUUUGUUCAUAUCCAAUAUUUCUUUGAGAAAGCGAACAACAUAAUAGGCAUGAAUAGAAUCCAUGGUUUGUAGUUCCCUGUCGGAUUAAAUAUAGAUAUUGCUGCAUUUAAUACUUUUGCCAUUGCUGUUUCGACUUGCGUCUAGGUACGUAUGUUUAGCGUGGAAAGUCCAACAUUGUGCACGUGAGAAGGAAAUUAUGUUUUUGAAAAAGGUAUUGAAGCACUUCUGGCCUGAUGGCAGCCUAGAUGACUGGCUUGUUAGACAAAGUUAAGAAACUGUUUUAACAUUUCGUGUUACUCAGCUCCUUAGUGUGUCUUGUCGACUUAGCUAGACAUUUUUUUCAUCUAGAGUGUAUGUUCUCUGUCACCACCGGAAAACCUUUUGUCUUGGUUAACAGAUGUAGAUAACAGGUACCUUUGGUUGGCAGUUAAUGAUUAUACUGGAUCACAUCCUUGCCGCUGGUCGCCCGCGUUGUUACUGCGCCAUGCUGACCGCACGUCACACUCGUCCUCAUCGCGAAGCGCAGGCGUUCUCACCGCGAAAGGAACGCGUCCAUACCGCAAAUCGCGCGCGUAUACAUAUAUCUUUACCACUGAUCUUUGCUGAAGCUCACACCUGUUCAUUCGUUUAUCCACAGUGUAAUCCAAGACUUUGGGCUGUCUGGUUUAGUUGGACAGAAAAUAACGGGUAAAAUCUUACAGUGUGAAGAUGAGGAAAACAUCGAAAGAAUGCUUGAUGUAAGUCUUGAUCCUCCAUGAGCUUUAGUCCUGUCAGCUGUCCAGAUUCGUUCUCUUCUCAUUUUCGCCGUCAGGUUGUUGAUAACUACAUUUUAUUUUAAAUGGGCAAUCAACUUCUUCAGUCUCCUUUCUCCAUUACCUUUAAUUUCCAGCUCCAUAAUAUCUUUGACCAGCUCUCCUUCACCAUGUCAGCCUUGCUUCCCUCACCUUCUCUGUAAUGUCUACCACCUCACAUCUUCUGAUCUCUUCAUUCCAUAAUGUAUCUGACCAGCUCUUCUUCAUCUCUUAUUAACCAUCUCAGCCUUGCUUCCCUCACCUUCUCUGCAAUGUCUACCACCUCACAUGAUCUUCUGAUCUCUUCAUUCCUUAAGCCCCAGUUACACGAUACUGGAUUCGCAUCGGAGUGACAUCAAAUUUUACUGCUUCGAGGUGAAUUUGACACUUAAAAUUAUGAUAAUAUAACAUAAUUAAACAAAACCUUCAAAUAUGUAAAGUUGUAAGCUAGAGCAGACAAGACUGGAAAACAUCUUAAAUUGAUGUCGCUCCGAUACGAAUACGGUAUCGUGUAACUGGGGCCUUAAUGUCUUUGACCAGCUCCCCUUCAUCUCUUCUUAUUACAUGUCCGUACCAUCCCAGCCUUGCUUCCCUCACCAUCUCUGCAAUAUCUACCACUCCGUAUUUUGUAGCUGAUCUCUUUAUUCCUUAUCUUGUCCAUGUAUAACUCACACACCCAAGAGGUCCCCUAUAACAGGCAAAUUCCACGUCUUAAGCUAAACAAGCAAACUAAAACACUCUAAGGAAACUAACGAUUGUUAUUUUCGCAGCUGGCAAGUUCUCCUGAGAAGUGGAGUCAGAUGACAGAAGAUUUAGAUCAAAAGAAUGAAGAAGACGAGAUGGACGAAAAUGGAACAAAUGAUCCGUUAUUUUUUGUGGACGCUCAAGGCAGUUCAGAACUUCUCGAGCGAUGCCAAGUACGUUUUUGAAAUUUUAGAAAUUGAGAUAAAAUAUUGUAAAAUAUAUCUUCAUUAUUUAGUUUCAAUAUUUUAGGAAGAAGAAUUCACAAGCAGUACAAGUGACAAAAUGCUAAAGACGCAGAUUAGUGCGUUAUUGGAGAAACGCGAAGAAGCUGGGUCCGAAGAUGAGGUAAUAUGUCGUCAUAGGUCCCGUCCCCUUCAAUAGCUGGGUUUCACUUCAUAAGCAUUAUCGUACAGCAGACGGUGGUCAACCUGCAGUUAUCAGAGUGAGAAAAUAAUGUUAAUUUGAUUCAUUACAUGCAGUAGUCUUGUAUUUGGAGGCAAGUAAAUAGAAUUGAGAGAUUUAAUUGCGGGAACCACUGAGCAUUUUCAUGAAAUACACAACAACUGUAACCCCGAAUAAAGACAUGCAACAUUUUUUUAUUCAACGUUUCGACUUUAUUUAGUCAUCAUCAGGAAUGGAUGUUACAUAGUAGCGCCAAUAUAUACAGAUAGCGUCUCGAGAACUAUUGGUUUUCUAUUAGUAGAUAUUAAAUUACAAACUAUAUGACAGUGUAUAUAUUGGCAUUACUAUGUUUUAGUAAUUUAAUUCUUGUUUAUAUGGGAUCGCCGUAAUUGGGGAAACCUGUGGCGAAUUCCCUGGCUCUAUAUGGUGUAUUUAAAUAGUAGCCAAAUCUUAUUAAAUUAUUAAUUAAAUCAUUAAAUACAUUAUCCAUUCCUGAUGAUGACUAAAUAAUGUCGAAACGUUGAAUAAAAAAUGUUUUCUUUAUUCGGAGUUACCGUUGUUGUGUUGAGAGAUGUAGUCAAUGUCAACAUUGAAAAGAUUGAGUACUAUAGAUUUAUUUCUGGCAUGUAUUUCAUUUCGUUUCACCAGAAAGAUGAUUUCGAUAUCAAUUUGGACGACAAUGAAAACGAAGCAACGUUUGAAUUUGAUUUCGUUGACUAUGAACCUAAAAAUAACAACGAGGUAGUCCCUAGUCAGUCUGUCCAGCCAGGUGAGGCUUCAGAUGAAGGUACAGAUGAUGGUAUCCAGCCUGAGAAUGGUAGAGAUGAUGGUAGAGAUGAUGGUAUGCAGCCAGAUGAUGGUACAGAAGGAGUGAGUGAGGGUGAAAAUGUAAUGGCUAUAGUGACGUCACCUCAGGAGAAGGAGAACCUGGCGCAAAGUGGGAAGAAACGAAAAAAACGAAAAUCUAAAUCGUAAGUGCCGUCGUGAGAAAGAUCAUUAAUAAAAAAUAAUCCUAAAUCAAUGGUGACAUAUAGUAGUGAGUUCAUGUGUCUUUCAUCUCAUUGUGAUCAGGGUUUCAUUCCUGCAAUUAUAAUUUCCUCCUGUAAUAAAACUUGAUCAAUGAGGGAUGAUCCUUACUGGACCUCUAGGGAGAACAGUUAGAACUGAUAGAGCUAUCCAGUAUAUAUAAAGUUAGUUCAGGUUUGCUCCUGUGUACAGUAACACUGGAUCAAUAAGAGAUGAUCCUUACUGGGCCUCAAGGAAAAACAGUUAAAAAUUCAUAGGGCUAUCUAUAAUUCGAGUAUUUUGAUGGCAUUUUCAUUCUUUUGUUUCCUAGAGCAACCCCGGUCUCGGAAGAAGAGGGAGUAAAAAGAUCGAAGAAGAAAAUUUUAAAAAAGCGACGUAGUUUAUUAAAGAGUGCUUGAGAUGUUUUAAACUAUUGACGAUUGUUGUAAUGUUUCUUUCUCAUUAAAAAAUCCUAGUUCAAUUUGCCACAUUACUCGACACAACUUUGCGGUU